AUCCUGGAAGCAGCCGCGGCACCUUCCGAUCUCCAGCUGUAAAUUACCCCGAAAUUUUGAAAAAGGAACGAUCCUGAUCUCACCAUCUUCAUCUUCAUCUCCAUCUUCUUCUUAGCUAGAGAGGGGGAGAGAGAAGGCACAACCAGACCAGAACCACCUGAUCUUCACAGUAGUGACCCACACGAGAUAUUGACUGUUUCAUCCUCCCCUCCUCUCUCUCUCUUUUGCCUUUGUGUAUAAGCUAAGCUAAAGCCAAAGCCAAAGCCAAAGCGAUACCCUACACGAAACAGAACACCAAACGCCAAAGGGCCGAAGCUCCUCCGUCCACCGCCCUCUCUCCUCCGUAUAAAAAGCCCCACCUCCGCCAAACCUCCUCCUCCUCCUCCUCCUCCAUCCCCUUCACACACCCCCCCAUAUGUUGUUGAUCGGUCAUCGUGGUCUACCAUGAGCAACAUCCCCAGAUCCUUCACCGACUCCUCCUUCACCCUCUUCCAGCUCGCCAUCUCCUCCUCCGACCCUUGGCCCUUCUCUCUCCUCUCCCUCUAGCAGUCGUCCCCUCGACCCCGGCUCGCUCGCUCGGCGCCUCUCUCUGCCACUGUCUCUCUGUCUGGUUUCUUCCUCUCUCUUUUUUUUUUGCUCUCUCGCUCUUUCUAGCGGCCGGCGAUGGGAAGCGGAGACAAGCUGUUCCACCUGCACUUGCCCCACCACCACCACCACCAGCGGCAGGAGCACGACGUGCCGAAGGGGUGCCUGGCGGUGAUGGUGGGGCAGGGCGAGGGGGAGAGGAGGAGGUUCGUGAUACCGGUGAUGUACGUGAACCACCCGCGGUUCGUGCAGCUCCUCAAGGAGGCCGAGGAGGAGUUCGGCUUCGACCAGAAGGGGCCCAUCACCAUCCCCUGCCACGUGGAGGAGUUCCGCUCCGUCCAGGAAUCCAUCGACCGGGAGAGCUCCCCCCACCACCACCACCACCACCACCCUUCCCUCGGCGGCUGGCACGGCCACCACCACGCGUGGUGCUUCAGGGUUUGAUCACAUGGACACCAUGUUUUUUUCUUAUCACCACACGCUAGGGCUUCCUUUCGUUGUUAUAGAUCGUUCUUGGUCUGUCGAACGUCGGUCGAUGAUGCGUGAAUCACUUCUGCAACUGUGAAGAAUCACCAUUUUUCCUUUUC